CGCGGCCAGGCGGCUAUCCGGCGCCCAGCAAUGGCAGUAGCGCCUUAUAACUUAAAAUCACCAAAAUAAUCAGGACGGGGGGAAUUAUUCUUAUAGACUUUUCCUAGUCGCAUUCAACUACUUAUGUAAAACGUUUUAAAGCAGGCAUAUAAAAAAGCCAUCGUGAUUUGAAAAAUGAAUUUUUAUUAUUUUGAAUGCAUAUUAAAUAUACCUAACCCAAUAACUCAAUAUUUCAUUGGUGAUUUUAAGAAAAGUGAGUAAAAGCCAGCGACGUGAAAGGAGCAAUAGCGACCAACAGAUGGCGACGGUCGCCGUGGUUUUUAGUCCUGCACGUCAGCCGAUGAAAGAUUAUGUCACGCGUAUUCAGAAUAAUGAAGAUGUGCCGCAUAAUAAAUACUAUUAAGUGUAUUAUCAUUAUGAAUAAAUGGCAUAAAAAGAUUUGUACAAAUGGAUAGUACGCUUAUCUUUGACGGUUUAUGUUAAAAAACAUAAACUACAACAUUUCUUAAGCAACAAGUGGUACUGCCUGAAAUAGGUUUGCACUGGCAUUUCAAAUAAUCCUAAAAUAAUACUUGUGUGAUUUCGCACUAAACCAUGCCAAAGUAGAUAUUUGUAUAUAUUACUGGUAUUUUCUUUUUUUCAUGAAGUUUGCAUUUUCUCUUGUUCACACAUGACUAAUUGCUCGUUUUCCUCUAUUGUCCUGCACCGCCCGACUAAUUCCCCGGGCCCCGGGCGACCUGAUCCACCCUCGCAAUCCCUCCGCUAAUCCGGGCUCCGUCUUUGUGCGCUGCGAUGGCCGGACGCCCGUGAUCUGCGUGUGCAUGCUGUCUGGACCGGUGUCGUCGUUUAAAACCCUGCGAUGACCGCUUUCUCUCUCUCAGAUAGGAGAAUUUUGCACCAGUCUCCUUGAUCAUGCUUGUACUGCUUUACCUCCAUGUCUUCCUAAGCUUCUUCUUCUUGCAGGUGGCCUGUUCCUCCUGCCCAUCGCAGUGCACCUGCACAGACCACAACAGCUCCGAUGGGACAAGCACGAGAUCUGUGCUGUGCGACGACCCCGACAUGUCAGACAUUCCAGCCAACAUCCCCAUGGACACGGUAAAGCUGCGCGUGGAGAAGACAGCCGUCCGCCGCAUCCCCGCCGAAGCCUUCUACUACCUGGUGGAUCUGCGCUACCUCUGGGUGACCUACAACGCCGUGGCACUGGUGGAGCCCAGGAGCUUCUACAACCUGAAGGAGCUGCACGAGCUUCGGCUGGACGGCAACCAGCUGACCUCCUUCCCGUGGGAGGAGCUUCGCGAGACGCCCCGCCUGCGCACACUGGACCUGCACAACAACCGGCUGAGCGUGGUGCCGGCCGAGGCCGCCCCCCUGCUGGGCCACAUCACCUACCUGGACCUGUCCAGUAACAAGCUCACCUCGCUGUCCCCUGACCUCAUGGACAUCUGGCCCCCCUUCUCUGGUGUGAUACGGAGCUCCAAUGCCUCCCAAAAAGUGGUACUUGGGCUUCAAGACAACCCAUGGGUCUGCGACUGCCGGAUCUCCAAGCUGAUUGAGCUUUCCAAGAUGACGGUAACAUCAGUGGUGCUGCUAGACCAGCUCCUGGUCUGCAGUGGUCCUGAAAACCUGGCCGGCGUGCUGUUCUCUCGGGUCGAGCUGGACCGGUGUGUCAAGCCAACGGUCAUGACCUCUGCUACCAAGAUCACGUCACCCCUGGGCAGCAAUGUGCUUCUGCGCUGUGACGCUACCGGUCUUCCAACCCCCAGCCUCAUCUGGACCAGGUCCGACGGCUCGCCCGUCAACAGCACAGUCGUUCAGGAAUCUCCAGGCGAGGGUGUCAGAUGGUCCAUUAUCAGUCUCAAUGGAGUACAGUACAAAGAUGCUGGGGACUAUCACUGCAAGGCCAAAAAUUUGGCUGGGACAGUAGUGGCAUCUAUCACUCUUACGGUAGCAGGGGAUACGGAUGCACCUGCAAGUGGAGGAGGGUUCGCCCAGAAGUCUGGUGUGGAAAAGGAGAGACAGGCGGACUCUGUGCCGGUGACCCCCAUUACCACCCAACAUACCACCACCAGCACUCUUACCACCACCCUGUCCCCACCCCCCACCAAGAAACAGCCCCCUUCACUGGACGGCCAACAAGGGUCGCCUGCCAAAAUGCAUCAGGAGAACCUCAAGAAGAUGCCACCACAGGACGAGAAUUCCAAAGGGAACAGCACCAGGCUUGCCUUACAGAAGCUGUCCGUCAAGAACAUCCAGGUUGUUGAGGAGAACACUGACAGCGUGGUGCUGGUGUGGAAGGCGGAUGUGGUCCCUGGCAACGUGCCACUCGCCAUAGUGUACUCCCCAUAUGAGGAGAAGGUGAAACAGACGGUCACCACUGAGGUGGGUAAGGGAAAGCUAGCCUUGGAGGGCCUGAAAGCCAACACCAAGUACAUGGCCUGCCUAAUCGUCAAAGGGGGGCAGUCAAGGCGAGACCAGUGCGUGAGCUUCUCCACGGCCAAGGAGGUGGCAGCGGAGGUCACCAGUCCCACGCUGAUGGUCGUCAGCAGCUUUGCAUGCGUCCUUGCCGUGCCCAUGAUAGCUCUGCUGCUCUACAAGAUCCUGUCUCUGUUUUGCAAGCGGAGGAGAAGCGCGAGGGAGAACGAGCUCUCCAGGGAGACUUACGUGAAGUUCGAGACGCUGUCUCUGAAGCCAAGGACAGCGAGCAAUCAGCCCGCAGAGCUGUGGACAUGCGGACAGGGGCAGGAGUCAGAGAGGAUGCUCCUGUGCUCCAGAUCCAGCAUGGACUCCCAAGGAACCUGCAAAAGCGGACGCUGCAAAAUGGAGCUCUUCUGCUAGCCAGGAUACCUACACUGCUGGUACACGAGCCACUGAACACUGGCAUGUUCUUGUGGAUCCUCACAUACAUGGAUUGAUAUGUUUGGUGACCAGUUUUAAAUGUGUUCUUAAUUGAGCCUUAAUUUUGAUGCAAACCUUCAACUUGUUGUCCUAGCACAGCAUUUACAUCCAUGACAUUGCUUAAUAUUUUCUGACAAAGUGAUUAUUUAUGAAAAUGUUGCGUUAUCCUCUUUUUUAUUUUUGUAUGUUGGGUUUUUCCCAGCAUUGCAAAAGCACAUAUUCCUCAGUUGUGACGAACGGAUGUUACUGUAAACUGAGGGGAAGUAGAAGAGCAGCAAUGAAAAAAGCUGUGUGCUGAGUUCAACGUGGGGUCAUUGAAAUGAGGAUGGAUAUCUUACUCAAGGUGUAACUGUACAAAAUCACCAGAAAAGGGUUAAAAGCAGUGGAGGACUGAUUUGUCUGAGAAGUAUCAGACAGUGUGAAAAUAAAGAGGUUUGUGUGUGUAUGUAUAUAUAAAGUCACUAUCCCACAAUGCAUUUCUGCCCUACUGGUGACGGCAGGGUGACUGAUGUGUCUGGCAGCACACGCUGUUCCAGUCGACGCUCGGUCCCGCGGCGCGAUUGUGGCACCGUCUGGGGAGGUGCUGUUGACAGAGGAUUCCAGCGCUAUCAAACUGGUGUUAAGUUUUCUGGAUUUCUUUUGAAGAGGGCUGCCUGAUCUUUGAGGAUAAGAUGUAAUUCCUACCUGCUGUAAUUCCUGGACCCAGACAUUACGUAUGAUUCUAUUUUUGGUCCACUCCCUGUAUGCAAUUACAAUGUAAUUGCAAAGCAAUUACAAUGUAAUUGCAAAGCAAUUACAGUAAUUAACACCACAUUUACCUUCAAACGUAGGAUCUGAAUUCAGGGCUUACAUGAUUAUAUAAGCAUUACUUUCAUAAUCCUUAAUUCAUAUUUAAUUUCAGUUCAUUUUUAAAGCCAAUAUAUCAUCAAAUUGCUUUGCAUAUUUUCAUACGUGAAUUGACAUGUAUCUGGUUUCCUUAUUAUACCUUGAAGUCUUCCACAUAUUUUUGCAUUAUACGUAAACGUUUUAAAUAAUUACUUCAGCUUGAGUGCGUGUUUAAUUAACUGAAUUUUUCACUGGUUAACGGAAACAAGUAAAACUACAUUCUAAGUCCAGAAUCUCUGGAAAUGUCUGUUUACCAGGAAGGAUGUAUUAAAACUACAACAAUAUUUUUAAAAAUCGACAGUUUAAAAUAAUAACAAGUGGCUUAUAAAUGAAAUCGAAUAAGACAUUUGGCUGGGACAGUUGGGCAGUCUGAAUAACUCUGUCUGGACAUUCGGCGCUUAGUCUUUAAUUGGAUUAAUAGGUCUUUCGGCUUCGAGGCGAAGGAGGGCUCUGCCUUUCUCCGGUCUGCUCUGUCUGAGCGCCUCCUAGUGUCACGUACCGUGAUGGCGCUGCUGUGACAUGAAUCUCUGUGCUCUUGCCACACAGUCUGUCUGCGGCAGCGAGCGAGAAACGCAGGAGAUCAGGUUGAGAUCGCAGACGUGCAGGCUGGAGAUGCACUUCCCUUUGAAUUCCGUCUUAGCCUUAAGUGUUCGCACACUUUGGUGUUCAUCGUUUUACUGUCCUGUCUAGAGAAGACCGCAUUCUGUCACGUCCCAAGAUGCCUUACGAAUGGCUGGUAUACUCCUGUUAGUUCCCUUAAUGGGUUCUAGCUCAGAUUCAGAUUCCGAUGUUCGGAAGCAAACCGAGUGUAAGUUCUUCUUGUAUAUCCUGAACUGCGUGUUAAUGUUAUUUAAAAAAAAAAAAAAUACUACAAUGAUACUGGAAUUAUUAUAUAAUAUUGCACUGUAAUGCCAAUGGUGAAUUGCUGUCUAAUGUGCUUUUACUUCAAUAUAUCAUUGUUAUAAUGAUUGUUUUCAUUAAACAUGUGUCCUGUGAAUAUGA